AUGGUUCAAUUGUUUUUGUUGGAUUCAAUGUAUUUUGCGUUUGUUUCACUAUACCUUCUUGCUAGCGCCUUUGCAACAACCACAAGACCAACGGUACCUUCUGAGGACGAUUUCUAUAUCCCCCCUCAAGGAUACGAGGAAUAUGAAGUUGGAGCCAUUCUCAAGCACAGGAACACGCCUGGUCCCCUUGGUAGCAUCAUAAACAAAGUAUCUGUUGAAAGCUCGUGGCAAUUGAUGGUGCGAUCUGAGGAUACAUUUGGUAACCCUAGCGCGGUCGUGGCGACAGUUAUUAAACCAUUCAAUGCAAGUGAUGACAAGGUCUUGUCGUACCAAAGCUUCCAAGACUCUGGAAAUUUAGACUGCGCAAUUUCAUUUGCUAUUCAAUACAAAUCAGGGUUUGCUAAUUUGCUUGGACAACUUGAAAUGUACCUUGUAUCUGCGUUCCUCUCUCAGGGUUAUUAUGUUUUGAUUCCCGAUCACGAGGGAUUGCAAAGUGCUUUUACUGCUGGUCGCAACUCCGGUCAGGCUACUUUGAACUCUAUUAGGGCAGUGUUGAGCUCAGAAGACAUUACUGGGAUCCGCUCCGAUGCAAAGACUGUAAUGUGGGGGUUUUCAGGAGGAUCUAUUGCUGCUGGAUGGGCAGCUGUGCUUCAGAAGGAAUAUGCACCAGAACUCAGUCAAUCGUUGCUUGGUGCAGCACUUGGUGGAUUCUACCCCAACUUGACAGCUCUAUUUGAAUACACCGAGAGGUCUUUAUUCUCUGGGUUAAUACCGAAUGCAUUUGCUGGGAUUGGGAACGAGUACCCUGAAGUUGAAGCAUUUUUGGAUUCAAGAGUUAGUCCUGAUCAUGCAGAACAAUUCCUGACACGAGGGGAUCUCUGUUUUUUUGAAAGUGCAGUGACCAAUGUUUUCCGCAACUAUUUUACCGGCCCAGAUAGAGUUUUCCCUGAUGGAUGGGGGAUUUUCAACGAGGAGCCUCUCAAGACUGUAUUACAAGAGAAUGGGUUGUUGUACUUAUCAGAAGAGUAUGUUCCACAAAUACCCAUUUUCAUUUUCCACGGAACACAUGACAAUAUCUUACCCUUUAGAGACGCGAUUAUGACAUUUCAACGUUGGUGUGAAUUUGGACUCGAGUCCGGGGAAUUUGCUGAGGACCAAACUUCCCUCCACGUGACGCAAGCUAUUGCUGGAGCUCCUGCUGCAUUGACAUGGGUAAUUAAUCGGUUCAAUGGAGUACCACCUGUUCAAGGAUGCAAACACACAGCAAGAAUUUCGAAUCUUCUUUACCCUGGUGCUGUGAAAUCUAUCCUUGAAUAUUUCAGUGCCAUAUUUGAUUUGCUUGCAGGUUCCGAUUUGGGUCCUUAUGGGUUAGAACCAGCAUUGGAGACCUUUUCUCUUUCUGAUGUCUUUGUUUGCCUUGAGACCACCACCACUCUACCACUCGACCCAGCACUGAGUAUUGAUGAAGAUUUUGUCCAUGUUUACAACCGAAAGAUGAAUUCGUCAGGAACGAGCUCCAAAAUCUUCACAAGUGGUGUUGAAGGAAGCAUAAACCAAGUUGAAGAGUCCUUCCCCAUGACCAACCUUGAUGGAUAUCAGCACAACACCAACCAUUCAUCUUUGGAUAAAGCUUUGCAAAUUGAUAGAUUCUUUACCAGUUCAGGAACGAUCAAGAGGGCGGAGACAUAUAAUCAUGAAGUUGAGAUGGGCAGUUUGUCUUACAAGUACCUCGUUCAUCAAAAGAAGCAACAUAAGCUGUCACAGAAGAGGAGAAUCCAUGAGAGUUUAACCCAAACGAAGGGUAGUGAUGAUAAUCUAGUUCACGAUAUUUCAACUAACGAUAAAGAAACAGACUCGAGGAAGGAGUCAUAUACAUAUGAAGAUCUAGUCUCAGAGGACUCCAUUGAUGAUUACUAUUUUCCGGAUUUGAGAUUGCUUGAUGAUAACAGCAGUUCUGAGGAAGUGGAUUUGGCCAUCACCAGUUUUCCAAAGAAGAAUGUAGAUAGGGAAAUUGGGGAAUAUAAUGCCAAUACAAUUGAGAGCUUGGAACUCAAGGCAUGCUUGGGUACCGACAUAGCAGCUUCUGCUAACCUUGCCAAAAGUUUGCAACACGAUUCGACUCACAAUGCUUGCCAAAACACACCACUACAAAAUCAAGUUCUUGCACGGGCAUCUACAUCGACACCAGUAAGGCACCUCCUGUCGGAUACGCCGGCAGCUUAUCCAGCUAAAGCACGUUGGAAACUGAUUGAGAUCAUGAAAGGAGCUAUUUCACAGACAAGGUUGCCAAAUUUGCGUGUGCAAAUAAUACAAGAAGUUGAUAAUAUGGCUCUUUCCAGAGAAGAACUCAAGAAGGAAGUGGACGAUGUGGCAAAGGAGGCUUAUCACUGGGCCAAAGAAGCCUUCAAUUUCCCUAAAGUGAAGGAUUAUGUCGCAUCCAUUGAGAAUAUGUAG